AUGACAAGCAUUUGUGUGGCAGACUUGUUUCUUGUGCAAUCCUUUUCUUGGCUGACAAUUGUCAUGUUUGCUUAUUGGAUCUCCUUUCAAUGCCUUUCUGGACUUCUACGACCUUUCAUCAAUAUCUUCAGCACUUCUGGGCAAGUUGCACUCUUGGCUUGCUUGGGACCAAUUGUCACAUAUGGGAAAAUUAAGACGGGAAUUGAUUUGGAAAAUCGUUUUGUUUUGCUCUAUUAUGCUAUUGCCGAGGGAAUUAUGAUGGGACAUUUGUUUCCAGAUUUGUACCUCAACAUGCCUUUGCCCUUCAUACUACCAGCAUCAAUUACCAUCGUAUCUUAUUCUUUCUCACCUCGUCUGAGUACCCCUCGUCAUGUGUUUCUGUCAAUUUCGGUUGGAAUCGGUCUGGUUAUGAAUAUUUUGAUUGGAUGUAUGGUAUACCACGAAGGGAUUAAAGUUGUCUUUUUGUUGGCGUUAAUACUUGAUUCGUUGGGCACUUUGUUAUUCCUUCAAUAUUAUAUCAAUCAUUGUUUGAACGACCAGUUGGUGACUUUGUAUUUCGAUUUGUUCUGUUGUGUGUUCAAAUACAUUGGAAUUCAUAUUCCUCUUCUAAUGUUGUUUGGAUAUAGAGAGAAUUCUUCGUUCAUUUGA